AUGCAGUGGUGUCAGCGCUCCAGUCCCGGCGGCGUUGGCGGUGGCGGCCGCAGGGGACGGGGACUGGCGCGCGUGCGACGGGCGCGGCUCGGCUCGGCGGGCGCUCGCGCUGCGCUCCAGCUCGGGCCCCGGCUCCGCGCGGCUCCGCUCCUGGCUCCCCUCUGGCUCCUGGCACCAACUCCGGGCAGUCACAUGACGCCGGCGCCGCUCGCUCUGCGAGCCUCCCAGGGCUGGCGGGGAAAGUUUCUCCUCCUUGUGUGAUGAUGGACUGAGUUAUGAAGGCAGAAGAUUGUCACGUGCUUGUG